GUCAGUGAAGUGGAUGCGUAUAGGAAAUUUUUGCGCAAAUUUUAUUUAUUACGAUAAUAUUACAUUUAUGAUAACUGCAUUCUAUUUGAAAAAACUUACACUAUUCGUAAAUUAUAAAAAUGAUUUGCAAAUUAUUGUCAAAUUAUAAAGGCGCGUUAAUAAACUCUUUAACAAAGAGAUACCUUAAUAACAACAUUGCUUGUAUAACGAAGAUCCACAGGGAAGUUUACUCUCGAAUGUACUACCCUACAACAAUUGCUUUGCCGGAUGGAUCAACAAUAAACGUUCGGUAUCAUGAACCUAGGAAAAUUAUUAAGUUGCCAUUAGAUUUAUCAUUGUUGUCUGAAGAUGAAAGAAAAGCACGGCUGGAGAAACGAAAGCCCAAGAAGAAGGUCAAGAUUACUGAAGAUUUAGGAGAUAGUUUCAAUGCAAAAAAAUACCUCAAAUAUAUAAAAAAGUAUUUCGAAAUAGAGUUUAGCAAAUAUAAAGUCAUACUAAGUUGACAAUUCAUGGAUAUUUCAU